AUGUCGACAGCUGAAAGUAAAAAGAAAUCGUCUUCGAAAUCUUCUAAAAAAAGUCAUCAAGAUGACGAGAAUACGGAUGAAAUUCCAGUAGAAGAGGUCCAUACGGCUAAUAAUUGGGAAAGUGCUGAUCUUGGUGAUUCUCAACGAAAACAAAAGUUUCUUCGUCUAAUGGGUGCAAAGAAACGUAAAGAUGAAUCUGAAAUGGAGAGACAAGAAUCACGUGACAGUAAUCCGGAUGAAGAUGUAUCUCCGGAAAAGAAACAUUGUCGCUCAAAAGUUGAAACUGAAACAAUUAAUCGUGAAUUAGAAAGGCAAUUUAAUGAAAGUCUACAAGCAAAAAUUACGCAUGCACAUCAUGAAGGACUUGGAUUUCAUGAUGGUAGUUUUAAAAAUAGUGGUGCAUCAAGUUCAACUGAUUGGAAACAUCAAUCAACAAAAUUAGCAUUUGUACCAGCAAAAACAGAAGUUGGAGCAUCAAUGGAUCAUGUUGUAGUAGAAAAUAUUGAAAAAGAAGAAGAAAAAACUGAGAAACAAGAAGAAAAAUCAAGUGAUAAACAUGAAAAAAAGAAAAAAAGAAAAUCAUAA